AUGAAUCUCCCUCCUUUCCUAAAGCUCGUCUAUACUUACCCCCCAUCCCCCCACUCAUCUCCCCAGAACGGUGCGAUCGCGAGCAGCCAAGGCGUUGGGGCGGCUGACAGCUUCCCAUCUCCUUCCGCUCCACCUCACACACCCCACCCAUUCCCCCUGUCUCUGCCCCCUCCCCCCCCUCCCACCCCAGCAUGCACGGUGCGCUCGCGGGCAGCCAAGGCGUUGGGGAGGCUGACAGCACUCAACCCGAGAGUGGAUGCCCUCAUCUCCGACCUCCUCAACUCCAUCCAGAACACAGACGGUGCAGUGAAGGAGUCGAUGGCGAUGGCCAUCCGCGGAGUGACUGCGGACGGUGCAGUGAAGGAGUCGAUGCUGAUGGCCAUCCGUGGAGUGAGUGCGGAUGGUGCAGUGAAGGAGUCGAUGCCGAUGGCAAUCCGAGGGGUGGUGAGGCACGGAGGCAAGGCGGCCUCUCCUGCGUCUCUGGAGCGCCUCUCCUCAUCCCUCCAGGCGGUGCUGUUCGCCUCUGACAGCGACGACGACUCUGUUGUUCGCUCCGUUGCCGCUAGGGCUCUUGGGGGCACUGCGCAGGCGGUGUUGUUCGCCUCUGACAGCGACGAUGAUUCUGUUGUUCGCUCCGUUGCAGCCAGGGCCCUGGGGGGUAAUGCGCAGUACCUAUCUGAACCCGACUACCUCACUCUCCUCUCCGCCCUCGCAACCCCUCUCCCAUCCUCCCGGCCCUGGUCACACCGCCUCGCUGCCGCCCUCGCUCUCUCCUCCCAGCUACUGCCAUCGGACUGGAAGCACAAGCACCUAGAGAGAGCACUUUACCUAUCGGAGCCCGACUACCUCUGCCUCCUCGCCGCUCUCGCUGCCCCCCUCCCCUCCUCCCGCCCCUGGUCGCACCGCCUCGCAGCUGCCCUCGCGCUCUCCUCCCUCCUCCGCCACACCGCCUCCCGUCCCGCACCCCUGCCAGCAUCCCAGCUCACAUCUGUAGCCGAAAAGUCAGCAGCGGCGAUAAGAGCACAUGCAGGGGAUGAUAAGGUGCCGGUGCGGGAGACCGCGGCUAAGGAGGCGGGGAGAUGGCUGAUGCUGUUUGGGAUGGGCGGGGGGAGUGCGGGGGGGGUGGUGUCGGUGCUGGCUUCGCUGCUUGGGGAUGCUGCUAGUGACGUGCGGAGGAAGGCGCUGUCUGCUGUGAAGAUGGUUGCCAAGAAGGUGGGUCAAUGGGGUCAAAGGGGUCAAGUUGCUAGGACGACUCCUUUCUUACUUCCUGCUGCUAGUGACGUGCGGAGGAGGGCGCGCUCUGCUGUUAAGAUGGUUGCCAAGAAGGUGAGUGGGUUAAUGGGGUCAAAGGGGUCAACGGGGUCAACUUGCGCGGACAGUACUCUCUUACUUCCUGCUGCUAGUGACGUGCGGAGGAAGGCACGCUCUGCUGUGAAGAUGGUUGCCAAGAAGGAGCCCAUCCCUGCGAAGCUCCUGGCAGCACUGGGCCCGCCCCUGUCCGAGUGCCUCAAGUACACGAGUCACCCUGAGCCCAUCCCUGCGAAGCUCCUGGCCUCACUGGGCCCGCCGCUGUCCGAGUGCCUCAGGGAGCCCAUCCCUGCGAAGCUCAUGGCAGCACUGGGCCCGCCGCUGUCCGAGUGCCUCAAGGACACGAGUCAGCCUGUGAGGAUGGCUGCAGAGCGAACCAUCCUGCACGCCUUCCAGCUCAGCAAGGGUGAGUUCCAGCUCAGUGCGGUCGAUGGCAGCGAUGACAAUGAAGAUGAUGAUGCGCAGGAUGAUUAA